AUGAGCUAUUUGGAACACUCACAACAACCAAAUACCCCGUCCCAACAUCAACAGCUGCAUAACCAGCAACAACCACUGCAAUCUCAAUCGCAUUAUCCGCAGCAGAUGAGCAACCUCUUUUCGAACCAGCCUUUCCAAAGGUCACAACAACAGGUAUCAAAUCCUUCAGUGCCACAACCGCACACUCUACAGCAGCAGCAACAAGAAUCACAGCCAGUCCAUCCACAACAAUUUGCUACACGAAGUAGAGGUGACUCCAUUUAUCUACCACCUCCAAUAUCUUCGUCACAAAUUCGGCCCACUUCAGAACAGUCGUAUGAGACGACAUCAGCAAACCCUCGCAUACAUCAUUCGACAGCUCCUUCAAUUGGCUCGCGGUCAAAUAGUAUAUUCAGCUCACUCAUCAAUAUACCGGGUUCUAGUGGUAACUCCAUAAGUGAACAAUCCGGUCCACCUUCCCAACAACAAACACAACAACAGCAGCAGCAGCAACAACAGCAGCAGCAGCAACAGGGAGCUUCUGCGGGCGGAAGCAACAGCAGAACUAUUACGGCCGGCAAUCAAGCACCGAGUUUACCUCUCACAUCUCGCUCACGUCAAAUGUCACUUGCUCCUAAUCAAGAGUUCACCGUGGAGGAUUUGGAGAAUUUGUUUGGAAACAAUAGAGAGAGCAUGGCUAACCUUUUUGCUUGGCAGCAGGGAGAUUUGAAGUUCUCACUUAGUGGUGCUUCUGGAGGGUCCACUGGAAGUAACUCGAAUGUCACAGUUGCACCAAACAAUGUUGGUGGUGGUAAAACUAAAAGCGGGUCACUUGAUUUAUCGGCAUGGACCGACAACUCCAAUCAGCCUGGAUCCAUAAGUUUCAACAGUAGCAUCACUGAAAUCAUUCAAAAUUUGAUAUCCAAUGGAUCAAUAGAUUUCAGCAACAUGAAUGAUCAACAGCGUCGUGAUUCGAUAUUGAAAAUCAUAAAUGAUCAGUCAGCUUUAAAGAACCCCCGCGCAUCUAUGUCAUCGGCAAAUUCUUCCAAGGCCAGCACUACCUUGAGGGAGGAUAUUUUUAAAAAGGAAGACAAUAGUUCUAGUAGAAAGCAGAGUGGCGAUGAGUCUAAUCAAGGAAACAAACGACAAAGUAAAGGACAAAAAGGCUCGAAUGAGAAAGAGUUAUCCCCAACGUCAUCUGUCUCGUCAAAAACAUCAAAGCGCAACGACGUUCCACAAUCGCCAAAGACGUCUCCAAACGUAUACAGCGAUAAUCGUGUAGCUGAUGCUUCUUACAUGCAACCUGCGUACAACCAGCGGCAAUCAGUGACGUCCCAAAAUCAAAAGCCUUUUCAAGGUAAUGCUAAUCCUUUGUCACCUACCAAUCAAUAUCCGUAUACGUCAUUUCCUAGCUUUAGCAACCCGCUUUCCUUUCCGGCAAUGCUGCCUGGAGCAACGCGUCAAAAUAGCUUCAUGGGGGGAUACCAAUAUCCGUUAUCAAACCAACCGCAGCAACAGAUCCAAGGCCAAAUACCUUCACAGCAAAUGUAUUCUCAAGUAGGUCGUCAGCAAGUGCCACAUUACCAGCAACCGUAUUUACAACAAACAAUCCCCUCGCAGCAACAACAGCAAUACCAGCAACCACAGUAUUAUAUGCCACAACAACAACAACAACAACAACAACAACAACAAUACCCGCCGCCAUUCCAAAACGAGUUGCAACAGCAGCAACACCAACAACAGCCAUUAGCAUUCAAUGAGCAAUCGUCACAAGCGGCUCAAAGGAAGCGAGGAUCGCGGGGAUCCCGAGAAUCUAAGAAGACGCGGAAGUCAACUAAACGCACGCGCAAAUCGAGUGAAAAUGUUGAGGCCAUCAAUCCUCAAGUAGUCUCCCCCACAAAUCCAAAUUUGGUUCCAGCUCAGCAAAUUGCAAGAUCCGAGGAUGGCAGACCUCUUUUAGGAGCUACCAAGAUUGAUCAAUUAAUGUUGGUGAUCCAAGCUCGUGACAAGGGAGUAACUAAAACAAUCGACCAAGGUCCAGAUGGAAGUAUUCUAGCAGAACGUGAAGGUUAUGGACCGGGACAUCGGUCCAAUAAAAACGAUGUUUUGCCGCAACCGGUUAGUCUUGUGGGUGGUGUUGAGAAACCACAUGGAUAUAAAUUGAACUCCCCUCAUUUUGAAGGAGAAGAUGAACACGAUGCCAAGCGGCAGAGGGUCAAGACUCAACAAUGCCCAUAUUGUUUGAAAUAUUUUACACAAUCCACCCAUCUUGAAGUGCAUAUUCGGUCCCACAUAGGGUAUAAACCGUAUGAGUGCACCUAUUGCCACAAGAAAUUCACCCAAGGUGGAAAUUUGCGAACGCAUUUGAGACUACAUACCGGGGAAAAGCCGUUUACGUGUGAGGUUUGUAAUAGAUCUUUCAAUAGGAAAGGAAACCUUGAGGCUCAUAAGUUGACUCAUGAGAAAGUGAAGCCGUUUGAAUGUAAAUUGGACAACUGUGACAAAUCAUUUACUCAAUUGGGAAAUUUGAAGUCGCAUCAAAAUAGGUUCCACUCAGAAGCCUUAAAUACGCUCACGCAUAAGUUGGCCGAAUUGAGCGGACCUGCUUUGGAAAGAUUGCCUGCUGAUGAAAGAGAGUUGUUGAUGUACUUUAAGAGCUUGUAUAAGAACUCGAACAAGGGAAUCAGAGGAAGGGGUAGGCAACAUGGCUCUGGCUCAGAUGGGUCAAUUGUCAGUCCUGAUGACAUGAAUGGUCAAGGUAGCUGA